AUGCCGCCAACUCAUUGCCCUUCAUGCGGGAAGGAAUUCAGGGAUCAUACUUCCAUUGCUCGACAUAUGAGCCAACCACGGUCUGGAUGCAACACGUGGCUACAAGACUUAAUCCAGCUUCACUCCACCCUUCCACCUAGUGAGGAUUCGGCAGAUGAUCCUAUGGCAGCAGGUAACAUCGGUGAACCUCAUGAGUCUUACCAUGAACAAGUUGAAGGAGAGUACUUUGACGGAGGUGGAAAUUGGAGCAAGGACUGUGAGGCUGAAGUAACUGACUAUUUUCCUGAACCCCCGCUAGCCUUUGAGGAGGGCUAUACAUUUCUGAGUUUGUUCGACGCCGAUGAAAAUAGCAUCCAUCGCAAAAUGAACCUAUACUAUCCAUUCAGCAGUUGGAAGGAAUGGGAGGUUGCAGCAUGGCUUCUGCGUUCGGGCCUGAGCAUGGGCAAGAUAGAUUCGUUCCUGUCGCUGGAGAUGUUAAGCGGCCCACGUUGGAAAUCACAAGUAAUAUGUACAUCCCAUUCCACCAAGACGCCGGUUAUUCUCUACUGGCGAGAUCUGCUCGAGUGCAUCGCCAGUAUUUUCAACCAUCCUUUAUUUCACAACCGUCUAGACCUCACUCCUCGCAAAGUGUAUUCCACAUCGCAGAAACUGUCUCGGGUAUAUACUGAGUGGAUGGCAGGGCAACAUGCUUGGGACAUGCAGUCGGCGCUACCUCACGGUGCAACUCUCCUUGGUGUCAUUCUAUCCUCAGACAAGACAUGUAUCACCACAUUGACAGGCGAUCGUGUUGCCCAUCCGCUACUUAUCAGCCUCACCAAUAUUCACAUGAAUACGCGAUUGAAAUCAUCUUCGAACACUUUCCUCCUCACUGCCCUGCUACCGGUCCCAAAAUUCGUUCAUAAGAACAAACGGAUGAAGGGCAUAUUGCAGGAUUGGCUCGUUCAUCAGUGCUUGGAUAUCAUACUAGAACCCUUGAAAUCGGCUGCUCAACUGGGCGUCAUGAUGUCAGAUCCGAUCGGACGCAGCCAUUACUGCUUCACUCCACUUGCUAGUUACAUCGCCAAUACUCCGGAAGCGAUGAUGCUGGCAUGCGUUGGCGGAAAGACAUCUCCAGUGACCAUGGCCAUGUACAAACAGUUCGGAGAUGCCUUUCGCCAUGAACCCCGGACAAAAUCAACAACUCUUGCACAGCUGGAUAUUGUACACUCACACGCUGAUCCGCAUAACCUCGAGGCGUUCUUUCGUGAAGCGCAGAAGUUCCGCCUGAAUGGCGUUGAGAAACCAUUCUGGAGUGACUGGCCACUAGCCGAACCCUCCCAUUUCUUCACACCUGAAUCGCUACACCACAUUCACAAGCAGUUUUACGACCAUGAUGCCCAAUGGAUUAUCAUUGCUGUGGGAGAGUCUGAGUUAGAUUUUCAGUUCUUGGUUUUACAGCCUACUACAGGUUACCGGCAUUUUCAUGGAGGCAUAUCGAAGCUGAAACAAGUUACUGGUCGCUGUCAUCGUGACAUUCAGCGAUCGAUCAUCGCACUCAGCGCAGAUGCAAUGCCUCCUGGUAUCAUGACUUCUGUAUGCGCACUCAUGCAUUUCCGUUAUCUCGUGCAAUCGCCAUGCAUUGACGACGAUAAUCUUGCCCGCAUCUCGGCUGCAUUGGAUGAGUUCCAUGCGAAUAAGCAUGCAAUCAUCACUGCUGGGGUUCGCCGGGGAAAAGGCAAUACAACCAUCGACAACUGGUACAUACCCAAACUCGAGCUAAUGCAGAACAUCGUUCCUAGCAUCCAUAGCUCUGGCAUUAUAAGUCAAUGGUCUGCCGAUGCCACGGAACAUGCACACAUCACGGAAGUCAAAAACCCUGCAAGAUCAACCAACAACAAUAAUUAUGAUCUGCAAAUAUGUCGUUAUCUCGACCGCGCUGGCAAGUGUAAUAGGUUUGAUCUUGCCAUCGAGGAACACAAAGGUGAUGACAUUGACGAGGACGCGGAUGUGGAGAUCGUCGCCAUGGAGAUUCCAUCCAGGGCUCAGCGACCCGAUCAGCCGCAUCCUAUCACGGAUUAUUUCACAAUCGCCAAAAUGCUACAGCACAAAAAGGCAGGAUCGAUACCCAUCCCACUAUGCUCUUUCGUUGUUGGGCGCACUGCACUCCAUCUCACAUAUGAUCCUUCUAUUAGGAAUAUCAGUGUCGAUGAAGUUGCCGUCAUGUUCAACCUGCCAGACCUUCGCCCAGCUCUCGCUGAUUUCCUUCACCGCAAGGAGACUUCUGAACAUCGUCUUCAUGCAAUCAGUGGUCCUCGAAGAGCUGGACCUGAAGCUGAACUCCCAUUUGAUAAGCUUCAAGUCUGGUUCAAAAUAUGUUUACAAGAAACAGAAUUUCACGACACCCAUGAAAUUCGCCCAGCUCAAACGUUAAACUGUGCACCACCUAGUGGGCCCUGGACUUCGGGCUGUUAUGACACUGUCAUUAUCCAGACCAAUGCAGGGCAGUCAUGGCCUACUUGUGGUCUUUCAGGUCACUUGGUAGCACAACUCAGACUUCUCAUAUGGCCUAUUGGCAAAAGUGGUACGCCAUGGUCUUGGGAAGAUCAGUUCAUCGCCUAUUUGCAACGAUUUGAUAUCUCUAAUGAAUGCGAUCCGACUACUCAGCUACAUGUGCUGAGAAGAUCGAAGCGCUCUAAUGGCAGUUGGAUGGGGGACAUCAUUCCAGUUUCUCAGCUGAGAUCACCUGUCCAUCUUGUCCCCCGCUUCGGUGCAACUGCGGACACACGUUUUACUGCCUAUAACAGCAUGGAGCAUGCAUCUGAGUUUUGGCUAAACUAUUUUUGGGACAAAAAUAGCUUUUUUGCGCUGUCAGCUUAA